GCCAGUUUGUGUCCACCGCAAAGUGGGGGCGCCCUCAAUUACGGGCUUCAUUCCAUUUACUUCCUGUACUAUCGAGUGGUCACAUCAUUAUUGACUACCAUCAUCAGGGAUGAGGCUGGUUUGAUCAUCUCCGCAGGAUCAUUACUUGCGCCUCCGAACCAGAGAUACCUUGCAGCCGGUGGGAUUACCUAUUAUUAGGUGAUCUUCUCCAUUCACCCCACCCCUAGUAUUGGACGCUGUCAUAACGACGGUAAUGACGGGCAGCAUCGGGAGACUGGGGUGAAAUAAGAAGUCUAGAGGUCCUCAUUUCACAGACGUCAGCUCAGGAUCAAUGCAUUUUACCUGAUUGAAAUCGUCCUUACUGGCGGUGUACUAUGCAGCCAGAGUCGCAUGAACCGGUUACCGAAGUCUAACUCUAUAUGCCCACAGCAGGAGCUACAUUAGGUUUAUCUAACACGAUACACCUACAUGCAGCUACAUCGUGUUUAUUUUGAUCUGCUCUGUACUAGACUCGAGCAAUUCCUUCUCAUUAUCGCCCAGAGGCAGCCAUCUCAUACUGUCAGGUAUAGAAUCGCGAGUCUUGGGCACUCACCGACAGUAUUCAUCUCAUCCUCCUAAACCAUAAUCAAAAGCUGCAUCAGAUGAUAUUAGCGUAUAGGCCCCAGGAUUUCUGCAUAGUACCAGACUUCACACCCGGCACAGACAGUGCUGUGUGGGUUGGCCUUCCUUUCUCCUUGCUACGAGGAUGGAUUCGUGAUAUCCUUUCUUGUAUAGAAUACAAGAAAUUUAUAUUGUGAGUUGUUGUUUGUUUUCUCGGUGCGCUUUCAAGUUGCUUUAGACCUUUAAAUCAAUACACGCGGGGAGCUCUCUAUCAAAGAUGAGGGCUAGUUCCGUCCAUGUACAUGCUUGCCAAGAGCAAUCGUGGCCUCCAAUAGUGACAAGUCAGAAGUACCGUGUCCUUACCAGCAUGCAAUGGAUAUGUAAGAUUUGUAGCCCGAGGAGGUACAGAACACUGCAAGUCAGAAUCAAACGUCAGUAAAGCGAAACCUUAGCGACAGGAUCAAUUUAUGCCCUCGUUCUUCA